AUGUAUGAAUUUCAUAAGUGGCAUAAGCCAGAGGCGAGGAAGGCAAGCCGAGAGCAUCAGAAGUGGGGGAGACCUGUGGAGGGGUGGGUUAAGUGCAACUUCGAUGGAGCUUGGAACAAUAGAAGUAACCGGGGAGGUUUUGGGGUGGUGAUUCGAAAUCAUUUAGUGGAGUGUCUUGUCGCUGCUAUUGGGCCCAUUGAGAGGGCAAACUCUGCAUUGCAUGUUGAAUUCUUUGUAGCUCGUAAAGUUGCAGUAUUGGUGGGCACUAUUUGUACGGUGGAGGGGAAGAUUCAGUUCGAUGGAGACUCUGCGUUGGUGUUGGCUACCAUGCAGGGGAGUGGGGACGACAACUCUACCUUAGGUCCUAUAAUCAGUGAUCUGGGAUGCCUUCUCAUGGAGUGGUCGGAUUCGGUGGUUAGUCAUAUUCAACGGGAAGGGAACUCGGCAGCCUAUCAACUUGCUCAGAUGGAAAUUAAUAGUGCUCAGGAGGUAAUGUGGUUUGAGGAGCCUCUAGAUUUGAUCCAAGAUAUACUUCUAGGCGAGGGAUUGUAA